AUGGCAAACGAAUUCAACGCGUCCUACUUCUGUUUUACCCAGGCCCGCUGCAGACUUUGCCAGUUCCCUGUGCACAAAGGCGACGUGAUUAUAGCAGCUGUCGAGGAAGGCUUCGCUACCGAGUUCAAACUGCCACACUUCGGAGACUUCUGGGACCGAGGGCUUCAUAUCAAAUUUCACACUUGCUUCCUCAAGAAGUGUAGGGUUCGUGAACAGGCGACCGUGUGCUAUCAUGUUGAUUGCUAUCGUAAUCGCUUGUACUCAAUUACGCCGAUAUUCCUGGCAGCAACUGAGUUCUCCUUCACCCCUUUUCCCGACGAGGAACGGCGACGGGCUGAAUUCAACCGGCAGAUUCUUGCUUGCAAGUUGGAGCAGAUGGACUUUGGGACCCAAAGUCUUCCAUACGAGUUGUGGUUGAUUGUUGCCCGGCAUCUAGUCCGGUGGUGCGCUCUCCAUAUGUCGGAGUGUCAGGUGCGUACAGCUGAUAAAGUUGGCGAUUCUGUCCUUGACUUGAAUCAAUCUGUGUUCGCAUCCUACCUAAAGAUCGAUGGUCGAUACUACAUAAAGAGACUGCAAAACACACCAGAGUCAAGAAGUGGCAGUGGAUGCUGCCUUCUACUACCGACUCGAGACUCAAGAGAGAAGGACAUGAAUAUUUUCGUCGCAGAGAAUCAUGUCGGAAUUCGUCGACUGGCUUUUGUUUCAACAAAAAAUCUGGAGGAAUGGUGUCGCAACCAACUUGGCGUACCCGGCGCCUGGUGGAAAAACAUUUCUCAGGGAGUUAUGCCCUCUGCUAUCACCAUCAACGGCGAUGGUUUAAAAGUGAGAAGCAUCGAGAGCAGCCAAAUGCUAGACUCGGCUGUGGUCGGCUGGCCGACCCCUCUGUCAUCACCUCCACUCGUCGUCAAACUAGCGACAUUGGAACAACCCCGUGAUCUUCCAGAUGGGCUUCGCAUGGACUUCUUCGAUUGCAACGCACCUGAUACGGUCGGAUACUCGGUGGCGCUCAAGGGACGCGCAAUCGCUGGGGUCGUUUCCCACAAAAAAGGUGAAGCAGACGUCCAAAGCGUGUACGAGAAAGCCUGUCCCACGAACUGCUACUGGCAGUUUAUGCCUAUGAAUGAAGGGGAGUAUCUCACCGAUAUUUGCAGGCUAGCCACGCCGCCGUCUGCGACGAGACAGGACGUUACUGGAAUGACUUUCACAACCAAUCGUGACCGGACUGUCUUCUUCGGUGUCUACGGAAUAAACGACGGGAAAUAUAAACGCGUUUGGAAACUCUCACAUGACCCGUGUCGACUAUAUUACAAUGAUCGUGACGGCUUCUUCGGCCGAAGCUUUGUCGAUUUCGUUAGUGUUCACCAGACCAGCGGCCAUCCGGCAGAGCUCAGCCAAGAGAAUCUACCUGCUCCCGUGGUUUCUAUCUCGAACUUUCCACGAACUAUCCCAAACACACUUCGCUUUUACUCCUCAUGCUCUAUGCUGGACUUGACCGAGGUUCAAACUUGUGGCUUUGGGACUGGCUCGCAUCGAGAAAUCUUAGGAAUGCUUCUUCGCUAUGCAGACGGCCACCGCGAAUGUGUCGGCUUUUUCCGUCACGACAUGAUUCUAGAGAGGAUAUCGGUUGGAGAGACGGAUAGUUUAUAUCUCUGUGUCAAACAGACCGAGAAGAAUGAUCCCUAUGCAUAUGUUGCGGUGGUGACAUGUGAGGCACCAGAAGAUCAACCAACGGCUCACUGGCUUCAGGUCACUCAAUCUGGCAUCUUGGAAUGGUGGCACUCCCCUGAGGGUGUUGCUUUGUAUUACAAAGGUCAUCGUGUGGGUGUAGUGUACCCUGGUUUCAAAAGCUUUGACGAAGGUCUCCACCAGCCAGAAUGA